GUUUGACAUGAAAGAGCAUUUCUAGUAGUGAGAGUGAGGACACAUCAGCGAAAAGUGACCUCAGUCUGCCGCCAGUCCGCGUGGUUACCAUUAGCCGGAGGAACUUGUUAUCUUCACGUUUGCUCAGCAUCAAAACAGCGUAUUUCUGAAAGAGCUAACCAGCUUGGCGGAACAUCAAGCCGGUGUUUGUAACACACCCAAGCUCGGACAGGUCCUGGGGAGAAUAUUUAUAACAAAGUAACGUUACCCAUUAAGGUCUUGUGAAUUACGUUUGUCAGCCACCGAGUUAGCUUGACAAAUUCAGCCGGAAGACUUUUGGGGGAAUGGCAUUAGACUUCGCUGCGGGCUGUAUAGGAGGCUACUCUGGAUCCAGUCCAACACCGCCACAGACUACUUUGAAGUUUUAUUCACUGAUUCACACAAAGGUGCUGCUGGUGUUUUAGUCGGACAUCCAUUUGACACUGUGAAGGUGAGGCUUCAAGUUCAAAAUGUGGACAAACCUCUGUACCGUGGGACAUAUCACUGCUUCCAGUCAAUCAUACGCCAGGAGUCGAUCCUCGGCCUGUACAAAGGUAUUGGCUCUCCAAUGAUGGGCCUGACCUUCAUCAACGCCAUAGUUUUUGGUGUCCAGGGCAACGCCAUGCGCAAGCUUGGCCGUGACACACCUCUCAACCAGUUCCUGGCUGGAGCAUCUGCUGGAGCCAUCCAGUGUAUCAUUUGCUGCCCAAUGGAGCUGGCCAAGACACGCAUGCAGCUGCAAGGGACUGGAGAGAAGAAGUCGAAGAGGAAGGUGUACAAGAACUCCCUGGACUGUCUGGUGAGAAUCUACAAUAAGGAGGGAAUCCGGGGUAUCAACCGUGGCAUGGUGACCACCCUGCUGCGCGAGACGCCUGGUUUCGGAGUGUACUUUCUUGCUUACGACGUGUUGACACGUUCCCUGGGCUGCGAGCCAGAAGACCCUUACAUGAUCCCCAAGCUGCUGUUUGCUGGCGGGAUGUCGGGUAUCGCUUCCUGGCUGUCCACCUAUCCCGUGGAUGUGAUCAAGUCGCGUCUUCAGGCGGAUGGGGUUGGUGGCAUCAACCAGUACAGUGGCAUUAUGGACUGCGUCAGGCAGAGCUUAAAGAAGGAGGGGUGGAGUGUGUUCUCGCGCGGACUCACGUCCACUUUGCUGCGCGCAUUUCCGGUGAAUGCUACCACAUUUGCCACAGUGACACUGUUUUUAUUGUACAUGCGUGAGGGAGAGGAGUGUAGCAUUCAGGAGCCACAGUCUGUCCAGUUACAGCCUCUGCCGCCACAGCCAACCAGCAUGGAAGCUAUCGCGCAGCAGUAAACAGCAAAUCUAUCCAGUAUAAAUGGAAUCUGCAUGCAUGCAGGUCUACAAUCUGUUAACUGGUGUCCGUAUUGAGAAAGGUGAACUGAUCCUAGGUGAGCAUCUACCCUUGGAGCUUCAGCAAAGUGACCACAUGUAGUAUUUAAAUAAUAUAUUUUGCGAUAAAAACUGCACUUGUAAAUAUGGUCUGUUUUUAAAAGCCCUAGGUUUUGUACACUUUUUUUGACUUUUACGCAAUUUAGGAAACCCAACGGUACAAGAGUUACUGUAACGUACUGUACAGAAACAGUUCCUAAUAGUCAAAGAAACACUCAAAAUGGAGUAUGUUUGAAAAUCAUGUUAAGAACCGGUCUCCACUAUUAGACAUGCCUACAGCAUUCGGUGAUAGUUGUUGAUUACCAAAGAAAGUCUGCAAAGUUUGUACUGUUCCUUUGUGCAAACGUCCAUCAGUGAAAUUAAUUUUAAAUAUUUAAUUUUAAGCGGGUUAACCAGUGUAUCAUAAUCCCUCUGUGGUGUCCAGGUCAAGUCUUCCACAGCCGCCUCCAUAUAAAGUGAGCACCGCAUUUCAGCAUCUUAUCAUAAUGGUUACAAUACAAAGAAAUCCUUGAACAUGCUACACGCUCCUUGUACAAGCACAUUUAUGUAGGUAUUCUUUUUCUGAAAUUACAACUGUGGUUAAACUUUCCUAUGAAGUCAUUGGAAUUUGAUUCAAGUUGUGGAUGCUGAAAUUUAUCACUUCUAUACUUUUAUAACUUUCUCUACUUUAAUAAUCCGCAUUGGACCCUGAAUUUCCUAAUGAAAAUGUUACAGGCUAUAAUUUUAUGACACUAUCAUUGUCUAAAACUAAAUCUGAUGCAGUUUUAUAUCUUUUUGGACUUUUAUUCAGUAUCCAAAGGAAGCACCUUAUGGGAUGAUAUUAAGCAAUUGUACGGUUAAAACAAAUUUUCACUUUGCAAUAGAUUUUAUAUUUGUAUUUCCCACUAAUGCAAGAUUCUGUUACAGUGUCGAACAAAACUGGUGGCUUGACAAAAGUGGGAUUUUUAAAAUCCAAAGUGUAUUUUGUCAGUAGAUGUGAAGCACAAUGAUUAACAGGCUCCACAUUCUCCACAAGAUAGAUUAUAAUUCAGUUUAUGGCUUGAAAUGCCUGGUGUGAACUUUUUGUGAAGAUCUUGCAAAUGAUUGUAUCAUUUAAGUCUGUCUCUAAACAUUUACGAAUCUGUUCAUAAAAUUGACAUUCAGACAUUUGACCAUCAGAGAGACAAGUGUUAUUUAUAUGGAUAGUCAGUUGUCAAGAGGUUACUAUUGUGCAAAAAAAAAAGUUGGUAACAGAUUCUAUUGUCUUAAAGCCUCUAAAUCUGUCCCUAAAAGUUUUAAAUCCAUGAACAAACAAAAUCUGGUUAGGACCCCUCCGCUUCCCCCUCACUAUUAACCAUUAUAGGACAGAGCACACAGAGCCAUGUAACCUCUGUACUUGACCCAUUUAACAGCUGAUCGCGUUAGCAAACUCUUUGCAGGUUUAAAUUGUAAACUAUAACACGUCAAACAGAAACGGCAAAAAGCACUUGUAGCAUCUAACUGCAGGUGAAACUUAUCAAAAUAGCUGGAGCUCUUUCUUUCCAUAUGGAUAGAAGGCACACAUCUUCAUAUCUACAUCUGCAGUUAUAAACUGCUGCUGCUGUUACUUUUCUCAUCAGUGAGUGGCAGAUGUUUGACUGGGACUUUUGGGUUGUCUAAAGACUAUAUAGUGUGUGUGUGUGUACUGUGAAUUGGGGGUUUGCUUUUCAUGUCAUCCUUUCUAAGUAUAAAGGUGUGAAAUCUAUUUGCUUAUUUUUUCUGUUUCAAGACUUCUGUUCUCUGUUUUGUAAUGGACGUUUGUCUGACUGUACCGGUGGAUGAUGCAUGAUUGCUGAUAUCUUUGUAGAGCUGCUUUAACUGUCUAAUGUUGCCCGUGUGUACUAUACUUUUUUUUUUUUUUUAUGUACAAUAUCUUGCACUAAAGCAGCAUGUGCACUAUGUAGUUCUUUCAGAGAAUGAUUAAAUAAAAGCCACAACUGUUCAUGGUA